GAGAGAAUUCAUUUCAUUUUCAUUUGGUUUGUUUUCUUUUUGUUACAAAGAUGAUCUAUAGAACAUAUAGAAGUAUAAGAAAAUUAAAGUUACUAACUGAUAAUCACUUAAUGAUUUAGUAUCUGAUUGUUUAGUCUUUGUUAUAUUUACUGUAGAGAAACAUGUCUACAGUUGUAAAUUUAUUAUUGUUAUGUAUACCAUAGUAAAAGUUAUAUGUACUUUGAAGUUUUGCAAAAUUGAGUUCAUGUUAUAAAAUUAAUUCCUGAUGAACUUUUAUGUGCUAGGCACUAGUCUUUUUAUUUACUUAUUUUUACUUUUUUUGUUUCCCUCUGUGCCUAUGCUUACCAAGUCUUUUUAUUUUUUACUUUUUAUUAGCUCUUUCAAUCCUCUUAAUAACUUUAAAAGAGGGUAUUAUUAAUAUCUGCAUUUUAUGGAUGAGGCAACUGAAGGUAGGUAACUUGUCCAGAGUCACAGGUGGCAGAGCAAGGAUUGGAACCAGACAGUCUGACUGCCCUAGGCCCAACCAAGAGGAGCUGAGAGCAAGCCACGGGGCAGAAGGAUGUUGGAGGCUGGUUUUCUGUUCAGUUAACAUGAAAUGUAGGCUGUAACCUUAAUUCCAGGACAUUACUGAGAAAGCCUUCCAAAGCCAGAGGGGUUUUUUUUGUUUUGUUUUGUUUUGUUUUCCAUGACCAUGACUUUUGAGCAAAAAUUUGGUUUUGUUUAAAGGCAAUAUGGUGCUCUAAGAAACUUCCACUCACACUUAUGGAGGGAAUGGUAGUUGAGCUAAAUAGUGAAAUGCUGUAGCACACAGCCUUUAGGGCAGCUUCUGACCUAUUUCUAUGGUCAGGAAAGACACCUAUCUUUGCCUGCUGCCCACAGCCUCUAGUUAUUCACCUUCAGAAUUUCCUAGUCUGUGAUCACAUUCAGAUGAGAGAUCCGUUUUGUUUUUUCCGGGGUAGCAGGAAGUGAGUCACCACCUAUACUAAGCAGUCUAGUCUUCUGUGUAUAAAUGAGCAAGGGUGGGGAGCCAGAUCUGAGAACCUUGUGUAAUGCUGAGAUGCUCCAAGAGAAUCCAAGAGGAUGUCAAGAUUAUGCAUGGUGGUAAAGUGGUCUCAUGUUAGUUGUACCCACAGCUCUCAUCAGAAGCAGACACAGAUACUUUUUGUAGGAAAACAUCUCUAACUUAAGCCUGUAUGAUUCCCAAAGAUUAAAAGCAGGCAAAUAUGAAUUCAGUCAAAUCAUAGCAUUCAAGUAGUCUCAACCCAACAUAUUUGAGAAUUGUUAGAAACAAUGAAUAUGUUUCCCAAAGACUAGGUUUUGGAAUUAUCAGAUACAGAACACAGACUUCAAAUAUUAGAAUUGUGAGAAAAUAGUUACAUGUCAAACCUAAUAUAAAAGAAAGAUGGACUCAUUAAAUUGAGCAACAGAAAGGCCACCAGGAAUGAUGAGGAGGACCUGAAAAGAAAAUGGAUGAACUAGAACUUACAGAAAUAAAAUAUAUAGCUGGGUCUGGUGGCUCACACCUGUAAUCCCAGCACUGUUUGGGAGGCCGAGGUGGGAGGAUGGUAUGAGCCCAGGAGUUGGGGAGACAAGCCUGGGCAACAUGGUGAGAACUCGUUUCUGUAAAAAAUACCCCAACACCACCAAAAAAAAAAAAAAAAAAAAAAGUAGCUGGGUAUGGGGCACGUGUCUAUAGUCCUAGCUAGUCAGGUGGCUGAGGAGGGAGGAUCACUUGAGCUCAGGAGGCAAGGGCUGCACAUGCAUGCCACUGCAGUCCAGCCUGGGUGACAGAGUGAGACUCCGUCUCAGAAUAAAAUGAAAUAAAGAAAUAAAAAAUGUAAUUGUUGAAAUAAAAAACUCAGUGGAUGGAUUAGACAUCAGAAGAAAGAAUUAAUUGGUUAGACAAUUAUCUCCCAAAAGUGAGUCAGUGUGUUACACAGAGAGACAUGAGGAUAGAUGAUAGGGCAGAAGUUGGUGGGGUUGUAGGGGGAGGGAGAUCAGAAUGAGGUCUAAAAUAUGUCUUAGUGGAAUCCCAGGAGGAGAUAUUAAAAUUAUGUUAGAAAGUGAGAGAAAUAGAAGUUCUAAAGGCGAUAGAAGGAAGUCCACAUAAAUCAGUCACAACAAAUGUAAAUGGACUAAAGUUACCAGUUAGGUGGAACUAAUAAAAGAAUAUCCAGCUGUUUUAAUCCAUCAUAUUUAAAAUAUAAGGAUAUGAGAAGAUUGAAAGUUUUUAUAAAGGAGAGAGAGUAAUAAAGAUAUGGCAGUAUACAUUAACCAAAAACAAGUGAUGGAGCUUCAGUAUCAAAAAAGGAUUUUGGAACAGAAAGCAUUAGUAAGAAACUUGAUGCUGACUGUUAAUUAGGAGGAUGUAGCAAUUUUCAUAUUUUAUGUACCUGUCAAAAUAGCCUCAAAAUGCAGGAGAAAAACUGAUAAAACCACAGGGAGAAAUUGACAAGUCUGCCAGCAUAUUUGGAGAUUUCACCAUACCCUGCUUACCAUAAGUAAGUUACACAGAAUGCCCAUAUGUAGAUUUGAAUAACCAGUGAAUGGACAUGGUGUAAUGGACAAAUAUAGACCUUUGUACCCAAUAAUUAGAUAUUCUAUAUUCUUCUCAAGCAUAUGUGGACUGUGGGAGAAACAUUAAUUAUAUAUUAAUUCAUAAAGCAAGUCAGAAGAUUUAAAAACAAUUGGUACCAUCCACACCAUAUAAUUUAUAAUUUAAAUAUGAAGCAAUUAAGGUUAGAAGGCAAUAAUGAAGAGAUUAACAAAAAGCUACAUGAAUUUGGAAAUUAAACACCCUUGUAAUUCAUGGUUUAAAAAACUCAAUACAAUUUUAGAAUGCUUAGAAUUGAACCAUAGUUAAAAUAUGAAACUUCUCUCUAUUCCUCUCUCUCUCCCUCUCCCUCUCUCUUCCUAUCUGGAACAUUCAAGAAGCUAAUCUUUUUCAAUGAAGAACACCCCAAAUACUGAAAAGUAGCAAAAAGACAGAUGGCAUUUCAUGGUAAUCCCUUCCCCCAAGAGUGUAGAAUGUUUCUUUAGCUUCUUUGAUAGUUUGUUUACUUAUUUAUUAAGUACUUACUAUAAACCAGACUCUGCUUUAAUUUGUGAUGAACAACCUAGAGAUUAAGUCCUGCCCUAUGGAUUUUAUAUUAGAGUGAGAAAAACAGAUAGCUAAGUCUGGAGCUCAGGGGUGAGGCCCAGGUUGGAAUUAUAGAUUCACUUGACCAAGGUGAAACCUGGUGUGCCCCCUCCUACUUCACAUCCCCAGACAUACUUCUAGAACAUUUCUGUUCUGUUCUUGUGUAUAAACUCUUCCUUUUGAGCCUCUCUCCAUUGAUGCAUGUCAACCUCUACUUGUCUUUUGUUGAUUUUGAGGCCACUUGCCCAUAUAACUUGGAGGAUAUUGAAGAAGAAUCAUACCGACCUGGUUCUGCUACCUAACAGCUGAGUUACUUUGGUCAAGCUCUUGGACUUCUGAGGCUGUUUCCUAAUUUCAAAAGUGGGUAUAUGAUGUGUUAGGCCCUGGUGGGUUGCAAGGAAGAGGUACACACAUAUCACCUUUGAUGAUGAGGGCCGAAUGUUAACUUGGAUGGAAAGUCAUCCAAACAGCGAUAUUGUCUCUGGCCCUAGUAAUUUUGAAACCUCACAGAAUAUUAAUUUAGCAGUAUUUAGGAUAGGGUUUGAGCUCUGAAGACCUACAGUGUGGUUAUUUGUUCAUAUGGCUGUUUUCCAUACUAGACCAUGAACUCCAUGAGGGCAGGGUCUACAGUUUCAUCUUUCUAUCCUAGGCACUCAGUUCAGUGCCUGAUACAUAAUAAUAGAGGCACAAAUGUUUUAAGAGUUGAGGAAUUUUCAACUCUUACUGAAAGAAUAGGAAGAUAUAAAGGCUUCUCAGAGACGGUAUUAUUUAAGCUGAUUUUGUUUUUGUUUUUGAGAUGAAGUCUCACUCUGUCACCCAAGAUGGAGUGCAAUGGCGUGAUCUCAGCUCACUGCAACCUCUGCUUGCCAGGUUCAAGUGAUUCUUCUGCCUCAGUCUCCCGAGUAGCUGGGAUUACAGGCAUCCACCACCACACCCAGCUAUUUUUUGUAUUUUUAGUAAAGACGAGGUUUCACCAUGUUGGCCAGGCUAGUCUCAAACUACUGAUCUGAGGUGAUCCACCCACCUUGGCCUCCCAAAGUGCUGGGAUUACAGGCAUGAGCCACCAUGCCCGGCUUAUUUAAGCUGAUUCUUUAAGGGUAAGUAGAAAUUUUUUCCAGGUGAAUAAAACCUUGAGCUAUUAUUCCAAGCAGAGACCAGUAGGUGCAAAGACACAGGGAUAUAGAGAUGUUGAAGUUUACCAAACACUGCUAGAUUAAAAAAACAAAAAGGAAACUAUCAAAAUCAAAAAUUAAAAUUAAAAAUCACCUAAAAUACAAACUAUGAAUGGGCUUGGCCAGAGGUCACAUCGCAACUGAGUUAACUAUGACCGUAGACACUCAGUAAUGGAUGGAAGUUUUAGGGAAAACACAUAACAUUCUCAGGUUGUUGGCAGAGUAUCUGGAACAAUUUACAAAUACGAGCAUUGAAUUCUGGGAAUAAUUACACUGUAGUGAUAUCAUUUCCUUCUCUGCGUAUGAAGCAUGUAUGUAUUGCACACUGUUCAAGGUGCUGAAAAUCAGACUCUUCUCGAGCAAUCAAGGGAGAUGGAUGGGUGAGCAACUGAUUAUCAUGUGACAAGUGAGGUAACAGAGAUAUGACUAAGAUGGUAUCUAAACAAGAAGAAAGGAAUUAUUCAUAAUAUAUGGAGUUCUGGGGAAAUAUUUCUCAAAUGAAGCCGGCCGGGCCGGAUGGCUCCCACUUGUAAUACCGGCACUUUGGGAGGUGGAAGUGGGAGGAUCCAGGAGGAUCUAGGAGUUCAAGACCAGCCUGGUCAACAGAGCAAAGCCCUGCCUGUUUCUAUAUUUGAAAAAAAAUAAGUAAAUUAUUUUAAUGAAAUGAUAUUUGAGCACUCUGGAGCACCAUACAAAUAUAGGACAGACUGAAGGAAUGUAUCUGGCUUGAGUUAACAUUUAUUGAAAUUUUAUAUUGCAAAAAUAGUACAUAUUCACUGUUUUGAAACUAGAAAGAAUUGAUAGGCAAGGAGGGCUGUCUACAAAGCACUCCAUAGAUCCACCAUACUGAGACAAUGCUUAAUGCUUUGAUGGAUUUAUUGUAUACUAUCUAUGCAUAUGCAUGUAUUAUAUACAUACAUAUGCAUGGUUAAAUAGAAAUAUUUCUCCUUGGUGUUAAUCCAUUUACUGUUAUGCAGUAAAUCCCCAAAGAGCACAUUUGCUUUGCCCAAGGGAGUCUUUUGCUACAUACUGCUGUACAUAAUGAAAACUAAAAAAUUGGCUAACUUUUCAGCCUUGUGACCUUGUGGUGAUUCAAAUAGAGGCUUCAUCAAAGGCAGAUUCAGAAAUGAACUUGGUGUGUGGGUGGUUAUGCUUGGCAUUAUUGUUUGUAAUAGUAUGAUAGGGAUGGCUUCAGUGUCCACCAACAGGGAACUGGUUAAGUAAACUGUGGUACAUCCAAACGAUGAAUACUGUGCGGUUGUAAAGAAGAAUGACAAAGACCUCUGUACUCAUGUAGAAGAACUCACAUAUAUUGUGUGUGUUUUAAGAGGAACAAGGAAUGGUAUAGUAUGUAUGGUAUGCUACUUUUUGUGUUGAGAGAGAAGAGUAGAAUAAGAAUAUACGUGUGUAUUUGCAAAGAUAAAUUCUGAAAUGAUAUAUAAGAAACCAAUUAAAAGUGUUUGGCUGUAGAAGGAGAAUAAGACUGUGAAUGGGAUUUGGCCACAUACUUUUAUAGGUAGUUAUAUUUAAAAAUUUUCUGAACCAUGUGUUUGUACACAUGACCUUUUUAAAAAUUAGUGAAUGAAGGAAUGAAGUAGGAUUAUGAGAAAGAGAUAAGAACAAAGGAUCUAAGGGGCUGCCCAUCUUUUUAGUACCCAGCGAAUAUUAAUAUAUAACAAUAGCAGCAAAAAUUGGAAGAGUAGCCCCAGGAGGGUAGGGAGUCAGCCUUUCCUUUGUCUUUUCCUCAAUUUCAUAUAUUAAACAAAAUAAUCUGAGAAUGAUAAAACAAUUUGAAAUAAAAAAUGUCUCCAGAUCUCUUAAAAGGAAGCUGGGGCAGCUUUCUGUAGCGCACUUCCCAAAAAUGGGCUGAUUUACCUCAAGAGGCAGGGAUUCUAACCUACAUGGGAUACAUACAGGAGAAAACAAAAUCAGAAAAAGAAAAGAGAUUUAAAUAUAAAUAAAUGAAAAUAACAAUUCUCCCUCAUUAUAAAGGAAAUCAUUCUUUUUGUAAUAAUUUGGAUGACAAGUAUUAAGAAAAAUCUUUAAUUUGCCACUCAAAACACGGUGGUUUGUUGCUUUUUAUACGUUUUUAUGCACAUAAACCUUUUAAAAAGUAGAAUCGUAAUAUGUAGUCUUUUGUCACUUACUAUAUUUUGGGCAUAUUUCUGUGGCAGUAAAUAUAUCCUGGCAUCAUCAUUUUUAAUAGCUGGAUGUAUAUUAAAUUAAUCACUGCCACCCCAGAGGUGAAUUUUCUUAUACAUACAUUUUAAUGGGCUUGAGCAAACAUUUUUGGACUGAAUUCAUAGAAGUAGAAUUUCUGGAGGAAAAUAAUUUUUAGGGUUUUUAAUAGAAAUUUUCAAAUCAUUCUCCAGGAAAAGUGACUCCGGUUAUACUCCCACCAACAAGGACAGAGCUCCAGGUUCCCCUUUCCAUUUGUCAUCUUUCCUGCCUUUAUACAGAAAAUCUCAUUGUUUUCAUGACAUUUCUUUGAUUUCUUGUGCUUUUGAAUCUUUGUAUAUGCCAUUGGCCAUUUUUAUUCUUGUGAGAAGUGCCAGUUUCUCCAUUGCCCAUUUUCGGUUGAAAAUCAUUUGUUUUUUUUCUCAGUAAUUUUAAAGAUUUCUUUAUAGACUAAGGAUGCAAGCCUUUUAUCUGUCAUUGAGGUUACAAAAACUUUCUCCCAGUAAGUAAUUUGUCAUUUCAUUUUUUCUUCUUUUUCCUUUCCUUUCCCUUUCUUUCUUUCUUUCUCUUUUUCUUUCUUUUCCUUGUUUCUUUCUUUCUUCUUCUUCUUCCUUCCUUGCUUUCCUUUUCUUUCUUGCUUUCCGUUCUUACUUUCUUUUCUUUUCCCUCCCUCCCUCUCUUUUUCUCUUUUUCUUUCUCUCUCUUUUUCUUUCUUCUUUCCCUCUCUCUCUUUCUUCCUUUCCUUUCUUUCUCUUUGUUCCCUCCUUUCCUCCUUCUUUCCUUUUUUUCUUUCUUUCUUUCACUAGCCAAGCUCCAAAGUCACAUUUCACUUAAUUUUUAUCCUGCCAAAUUUGAAAGCCUUUUAACUUCGUGAUUUUAGUGUAAACAGGAGCAGGAGAAAAUGUAAUUAUCUAAGUCUCGCUCUGUCACCCAGACUGGAGUGCAGUGCCAUAAUCAUAGCUACUGCAGCCUUGAACUCCUCGCCUCAAGCAAUUUUCCCACCUCAACCUGCCAAGUAGCUAGGACUACAGCUGUGUGCCACCACACCCAGCUAAUGUUUAAAAAUUUUUGUGGAGAUGUGAAUUCUCUAUGCUGCCCAGGCUAGUCUUGAACUCCUGACUUCAAGUAAUCCUCCCACCUCGGCUUGCCAAAGUGCUGGGAUUACAGGUGUCAGCUACUGCUCCUGACCGAGAGUUUAGUUUUGUUUGCUAGUGGUGUUCUUGGUAUCUUUUCAUAUUUGAGGUUUUGGGCUAGUGCUGAAGUAUUACACUCACCACCCGAGGUCUACAGGACUUUUGGUUUAAUAUUGAACAGAUGGAACUGUUUAGUUCUGCAUCUUUGCAGGUAUACAGAAUGUGCCUACCAGGAAUCUGCUUUAUAUCCAUUGAAAGCAAGAAAUAAUACAGUAAAACUUUGCCUGGCUUGAGGCUUUGAAAGAAUGGCGUAUUCUGGUUUAAUUCUAUUACUUUGGAAGUAUGAAGGUGAAAAAAAUUCAAAACUUAAAUUUCCUGUUGAAUGCAAUUUGAAAAUAUAGCCAAUGAUUCCACUUUUCUUCUCUAGUAAGGUUGGACAUUCUGAUCUACUUGGUGUUUUAUUAUAGAACUGCUAGUGUGCUUGAGUCUUACAUUGUGAAGAUACUUUUUUAAAACUUGAGAUGUAAGAGGAUGUAAAUGGUUUUGUAGGAGAUGAGGCUGGAUGAGAACGGACACUUGUAAACAUACUUUUUAGACUAAAUCUCCGAUUGCCGCUUGUUUUUCUUAUGGAACUCAUACAAAUAAAACACAUUGGAUGGAGGGUGCGAGUAGGAAGGAGAUUCUUGUCUUUUAAUUGCAUGUCAUUGUUUCAUAACAAGGCAGAACAUAUGGUAACCCUGGCUUUGGACGUACAGAAGGAAACACAUUUUACUACCUGCUGUAUGCCAGAGGUUCUUGAACACUUGGAGGGAUUACUGCAGCACAGAUUGCUGAACCCUACUCCAGGGUUCUGAUUCACCAGGUCCAGGGUGGGGCCUGAGAGUUUGCACUUAUAAAAAGGUCUCAGGUGCUGCUGGUGCUGCUAGUCCAUAGACUACAUUUUGAGAACCACUCUUGUCUAUUAAGUGUAAAUUGUAGAACUCUAGAAAAAAGCUUAGUUCGGUCUGGGAUAAGAAGCACACAGGUUAUGGAGAAAAUCAUGAAAGAUUCAACCCUUGAUCCCAGCCUAGUGUGGAUUUCAGGUAACAAGCAGUACACAGUGACAUAACACAAUUCUUGGUUUUCAUGAUUGCAAGUCAUAGCCAGGUAUCAAGUGAGAAAUUCAGUUUCAUUUGCAAGGCUUAGAGAGGCUGGUGAUUCUAGAAAAAUGGGCCUUGUAUUUGUUUUAAACCAGUAAAGAGCUUUAAGUGCUUAUUAAAUUGGAAGUUUUGUGUUCCUACUUAUUUUGUAUCUUAUUUUAUUUUAUUUUAUUUUAUUUUGAGAUGGAGUCUUGCUGUGUCGCCCAGGCUGGACUGCAGUGGCAUGAGCUUGGCUCACUGCAACCUCCAUCUCCUGGGUUCAAGUGAUUCUCCUGCCUCAGCCUCCCAAAUAGCUGGGAUUACAGGCACCCACCACCACACCUGGCUAGUUUUUGUAUUUUUAGUAGAGACAGGGUUUCUUCAUGUUGGCCAGGCUGGUCUCGAAUUCCUGACCUCAGGCAAUCCACCCACCUCGGCCUCCCAAAGUGAUGGCAUUACAGGCGUGAGCCACCGCACCCGGCCCAAAAGCUUUGUGUUUUUAAAGAUAUUAGACAUGUUUCUUGUUUUUAAAAGAAAUCUUAACAAUAAUGUACGAGAAUAAGACAAACAUUUUUCCAAAAAAGAGAAAUCCUUGUGAUUAUUUUCUGUUAUUGGAAUGUCGGAUACUAUAGUCGGCUUCAUUAAUCAUCAAGAAUGCUAUGGAUUUUCCAUUUUUAUAGGAUCUAUAUCUCAGUUAAGGUAAUAUUGGUAAUUCUUGUGCUCCAUUUGAAGAUGAAAAAUACAGGCCAAAAUCAUAGACUUUGCAUAGAAGCUGGAUAAUGAAGACAGCUCUGGAGGAACACAUAGAUACACAAAGACACACAUAUAUAAAGUAUGCACACAUAUAUUUUUUAAAGUUUAUUUUUUACAGUUUUAAAGCUUUUAAAGCAAAAGCCAGCCCCUCCCCUCUCCCAGAGUGGGCGGCCCCUCCCCUCUCUCUUAGUGGGCGGGGACAGCAGUUGCAUGGGCAGCUUUCCUUAUGAUGCCACAGGUCCCUCUGGACAUGCUGCUGCCUGGCCACACCUCCUUUCCCUUUCAUCUUUCUCACUGACCAAUGGGCUUGGAGCAUUAAGGCCACGCCCCUAUUCUGCGUUCCAUUGGUGCCCUGGUUACGCCACCUGUGGCUCAGUUGCACAGCUGCCUGGUAGGUGACUGGAGGCAUUGAGCAGCGCUCACUGGUAUUUCGCUGAUGUGGCCCCAACCCCGCCUCCCUCCCCACCCCGCGAUGUCAGAAAAAACACAACAGGGGAAAUUGGCCGCAGCCAAGAAAAAGUUAAAAGCAUAUUGGCAGAGGAAGAGCCCUGGCAUUCCAGCAGGAGCUAACAGGAAAAAGAAAAUCAAUGGCAGUAGCCCUGACACAGCCAUUUCUGGUGGUUACCACUCACCUGGGGAUAGCCAGUACCAAGAACUAGCAGUGGCCCUGGAUUCAAGCUCCGCAAUAAUCAGUCAACUCACUGAAAACAUCAAUUCACUGGUUCGCACAUCUAAGGAGGAGAAGAAGCAUGAGAUACAUCGGGUACAGAAGCUUGGGAGGAGCUUGUUCAAACUCAAAAACCAGACGGCUGAACCCCUGGCCCCAGAGCCCCCAGCAGGGCCAUCUAAGGUGGAGCAGCUACAAGAUGAGACCAACCACCUAAGGAAGGAGCUAGAGAGUGUGGGAAGACAGCUCCAGGCUGAGGUGGAAAACAAUCAGAUGUUGAGUCUCCUGAACAGGAGACAGGAGGAGAGGCUACGUGAACAGGAGGAGAGGCUGUGUGAACAGGAGGAGAGGCUGUGUGAACAGGAGGAGAGGCUGUGUGAACGGGAGAAGCUGCCAGGGCAGGAGAGGCUGCUGGAAGAGGUGGAGAAGCUGUUAGAACAGGAGAGGCGGCAGGAGGAGCAGGAGAGGCUGCUGGAGAGGGAGAGGCUGCUGGACGAGGUGGAGGAGCUCCUGGAGCAGGAGAGGCUUCGGCAAGAGGAUGAGAGGCUGUGGCAGCAGGAGACUCUGCAGGAGCUGGAGAGGCUGCGGGAGCUGGAGAGGAUGCUGGAGCUGGGGUGGGAAGCCCUCUACGAGCAGCGGGCCGAGUCACGCAGCGGCUUCGAGGAGCUGAACAACGAGAACAAGAGCACACUGCAGUUGGAGCAGCAAGUAAAGGAGCUGAAGAAGUCGGGUGGAGCUGAAGAGCCAAGAGGCUCCCAGUCUGCAGCAGCAGCCAGACCAGUAUCGAGCACCAGUCCCACAGGAGCUUGGGUGUGCGGACAAGCAGAGUGGACUCCCCAGGAGCACCCAGGCUUGGGUGGAGAAGCUGUUGGUACAGGAGAGGCGGCAGGAGGAGCAGGAGAGGCUGCAUGCCAUUCUUUUCGGGCUGCCGAGAACAGGGAGAUAAACAUCACCAUCAUCUAAGAGCGGGUCAAGAAAUUUAAAAAAACAAACAAAACAUUUAAGGGGUUAAUAUCCUACACAAUUCAUUUACUUCAUUUGAAUGUUAGAGCCACUUAUGUUUAUUUGUGUUUCUAAUUUAUAGUUUAAAUUUAUUUGUGUUUCUAAUUUAUAGUUUAAAUUUAUUUGUGUUUCUAAUUUAUAAUUUAAAUUUAUUUGUAAAAAGUUAAAUGAGAGUGGGUCUUUCCCUCAUGUUCACUCUGGCAUCCUUUAGCAUUUUUUAAAUUUGAUAAUUAUAGGACGCUAGCAUGCAUAUCGAGUUUGCCCUUAUGUGGUGGGAGUUCAAACACACAAAGACCCACUGUAUGCACACAACUGUUCUUGCUGGUUUGGGAUAGGCUGCCAUGCUUUUUUAAUGUUAGUACAGCCUGUAUAUUCAUUACGGAAUUCAGAUAAAAUUUCCUUAUGUUCUGCUGUUAUGUUUGAUCGAAUCCUAAUCACAGUGAGCUCUUCAUUAGCUCAAUAUGUGGUUUGCCCUCAAGUGCGCGGUCUAUUACUUUGUAAUAUGCCACUGUGAGUACUGACAUUUACAGUUGUUUAAAGGUGGAGCGCUGGAAACAGCCUUUCCCCCUUUUUCUGUGUAUUGGGGAUGGGAGUAAUAACAUUUUGGGGAGCUUUUUAAAUCUCCCAGAAGAGGAAAGUGGCCUGCUCUGGCAGGUGUGUGCAGGAUAGAAUAUGUUUCAUUUGUUCUGGUGCCAAGAAUGAGCACUGUACUACGGUAGUUCCCUUAGGAUUUGCAUGUGCUCUGGGCUCAUGAAGAUAUUGCAUCAUGAGCUGUGGCAGUUGUACUCUUUUUUGACGACCUGAAAAGGGAUUAUUUCUGAGGAAUGAAAGGCUCCCAUCAUGACUGUGGAUGUGGAAAACCUUUUCUAGCUGAGAGCAUUUAUAUCUACAAUACAUUUUAAAGUCAGAGUUCAUGUUCCCUGUUUUAAUCACAUGACUACAUGUCCCAGUACACAAAAGGGCACUGGUUGGCAUUCUCCUUAAUGUAUUUAGUAAAGAUCAGAAGAAAUCCUUUAAGAGUUUAAAUGUCCCUGGAACAGGCAUACAGGCUCUAGUCAAGAAUGAAUUCGAGUGAAGGAAAGCUGCGUGACACCUGGCAUUCCUCUAUGUUCAUGGAGCUUAUUUGAGGCUAGAAGAUGGAUUUUACCAUCUAGACCUCUCUGGCUAAUAGCUAGUCUUCAACCAUCUGACAUAGGAAUUUACUUCUUUUCCUUGAAUGGAGAACACUUUAAAAAUAAUAACAAACAUUAUUAUAAACUAAUAUCUGUGAGAGUACUUAGUUGAAACAAAAAGGAGUUUUAGUAGACAGUAUUAUACUACAUUUGAAAAUCAAGGAGCAGUUUAUGCAACUUAAAAUGUUUACAAACUGCAGCGCAAUCUACUGUUUGUGAAUGUCAAAGUGUCAUAAGGCAAGUGUCUAUACAAUCACGGAGUUAUAUUUCCUCACGAAGUUCUUUACGAAGAUUGAAAUAUGUUUUUAUACCUCUCAGUUUCAGUUAGAGGCAUAUUUUAUGUAAUAUUUAUGGCUUAAAAUGGACUACAGGUCCUGUUCUUGCCUUUUCUGAACUUGCCGCUUUUGCAUUCUUUGAGUUCAGUUUAAAGACACUUACUUUAACUCCAUUUUAAACCCUCGGGCUAGAAAUUGUACCACUGUUAAUUAGCCACGUUAUUUGGUCUAACAGUUUUUGUUUAUCAUUCUGAAACUGAGCUUAUCUAAUACAUUGAUAAAUUAUUUCAAAGGUAUUUUUAUAGUUCAAAUCGCUUCACUUUUACCCUGACACGUAUAAAUGACUAGGAAUGACCUUCAGAUGGCGUUUAGCAACUGUAACCAAUCUGACAAUAAUGUGUUCAUCAGGUACCUGUGGAUUAAAUCACAUACUGGCAUAUUUAAGAUGAAUGCCAGUCUGAAAAAUAAAUAUACUAUAUUAAUUCAAAUAUGACUCUUUGUGUAGGUAUUUUGUCAUAUGUUUAAGAAAAAGCUAAAGAGGAUGGAAAUCCUAUGACAAUAACUCAAGUCUUUCUUCAAAGUGCAUGCAGUCUUUUGCAGUACCUCAUUCAGCCAAGUAUUUGUUCUCUACCUCAUUCAGUAUAAGGCAGCCUUUAAUUUGCUUAGACGGCAACAUUAGAAGGUUAGAGUUCAGCAGGAACACAGAAUUUUAAAAUGUGACUUCAACUGAAUAAAUUUGAAUUUCUGUAGGGAGUAAAGAAUCAAAACACCUAUUUAAAGACUGCAAAAUAUGAUAAUUAUUUUUAAAGUAAUUGAUUAAACCUGGUAGGUUUUCCCAAAAUGAAAAACAGUCAGUUCUAAAACCAAAGGUGAUUUUUAGAAAAUGUGAAAAUGUAAGUCAACCCUAUCCAUAAUAGAUUCUCUAAAACUUUAUCUUACAGUCACUUUCAAAUAACUAUUCAAAAAUGUAACUGCUAUAUUAACGUCUUAAAAUAAUUUAAAACAUUUUAAAAUAUGAAUACUGUAGUUUCAAACAAAGAAUCUAGGGGAAGGAAAAGUAGACAAAGAAAUGCCAAUUCCAGUCCACAGCUGUAUUUGCCAAGUUUUCUUAGAAUGACUUUUACCGAUUUAUGAAUUCUUAUACACAUAAUGCAUAAUGGAAAUACUGAUUUUUGUCUAAAGUGGCAUUAUUGACUGCUUCUGUGAUGCUACUAUAAUGUAAUACAUUAUUAAAUUGUUUCAAGGUGC